AACCGUGUUCCGGGGGACUAGUAGCUUGGAUGCUAAUAGGACCGUGAGCUCGCGGUGAUCACACCGCGGGCCCCCGGAAGCCCACACACACACACACACACACAUCACUCACCUUCAGAUGCGACAUACACAUGUAUCACUGAUUCACCUUCAUCAUCAUCAUCACCGGUGUCAACAACAACAACAACAACAGACCGUGUCGGUCGACGGGACACGGUGGAGAGAUGUUAGCCCGCAGCUACAGUUGGGAAGAAACGGUGGUGGGAGAGUACGGCAUGGCCCAUUUCAGUGACAAGGGCGGUAGCAAAGGAAAGGACUACUGCAUAUUCUUCAACUCGCAGUGGGCUCGUCUACCUCAGGACCUCAACAAGGCGUCACGUCUCCCGACCUACGACCUGACUCCGUCGGUCCUGUGCUCGCCCUCUGAUGUCCCGGAGGGCGGCUUCCCGAAUCGCAUCCCCAUGGUGAUGCGGGGCAACUGCACUUUCUACGAAAAGGUCCGACUGGCCCAGAUUAACGGCGCCAAGGGUCUGCUCAUCGUCAGCAAGGACCGGCUGACACCACCAGCAGGAAACAAGACGCAGUAUGAGGAGAUUGACAUUCCGGUAGCAUUGCUCAGCUACUCUGACAUGCUGGACAUAAGCAAGACUUUCGGUAAAGGGAGACAGGUCGCCAUGUAUGCGCCCAACGAGCCGGUGCUGGACUACAACAUGGUGAUCAUCUUCCUGAUGGCCGUCGGGACGGUCGCCAUCGGAGGCUACUGGGCCGGCAGCAAAGACCGCAAGAAACGCUACAUGAAGCACAAGCGCGACGACGGCGCAGAGAAGCAGGACGAAGAGACGGUCGACGUCACCCCCAUCAUGAUCUGCGUGUUCGUGGUCAUGUGCUGCAGCAUGCUGGUGCUUCUCUACUUCUUCUACGACUACCUGGCCAUUUGGGUUAUCGCCAUCUUCUGUCUGGCGUCCUCUGUCGGCCUCUACAGCUGCCUGUGGCCUUUUGUCAGGAGACUUCCUUUCUCCAAGUGCAGGGUCCCAGAAAACAACCUCCCGUACUUGCACAAGCGGCCACAGAUCCGCAUGCUGCUGCUGUCGGCCUUCUGCAUCGGAGUCAGCAUCACCUGGGUGGUGUUUCGCAACGAAGACCAGUGGGCGUGGGUGUUGCAGGACGCCCUGGGGAUCGCCUUCUGUCUCUACAUGCUCAAAACAGUCCGACUGCCCACGUUCAAGGCUUGCACUUUACUACUGUCGGUCCUUUUUGUCUACGACGUUUUCUUCGUAUUUAUUACGCCCUUAUUGACAAAGAGUGGGGAAAGUAUAAUGGUGGAGGUAGCGGCUGGUCCCUCGGACUCCUCCACGCAUGAAAAGCUCCCCAUGGUGCUCAAAGUGCCACGGUUGAACUUCUCUCCCCUGGCUCUCUGCGACCGGCCCUUCUCCCUCCUGGGCUUCGGUGACGUCUUGGUACCAGGUCUGCUGGUGGCUUACUGCCACAGGUUUGACAUUCUAACACAGUCCUCCAGGAUCUACUUUGUGGCCUGUACGAUCGCUUACGGCGUCGGCCUGCUCAUCACCUUCGUGGCCCUCGCCGUGAUGCAGAUGGGUCAGCCGGCCCUGCUCUACCUGGUGCCUUGCACGCUGCUCACCAGCCUCGCCGUAGCGCUGUGGCGCAGGGAGUUGCCCCAGUUCUGGACUGGAAGUGGAUUUGUGCCUGCCAUAGUGCUCGCACCAAUCAAUUGCACACAAACUGCAGGGCCGCAGAAAGAAGAAGGGCCCUCGGCUAAAUCGGAGCCGCAGACGGCAGAAACCGCCGAUCGGAGCGAAGACGCGUCCCCUCGCCCGCCUCAGGAAACGGCCCCGGCCGAGAAGGACGAAGACAAAGACAAAUCCAACUGAAAAGGACUUUCUAAUGAGGCAUUUUCCAUUUCAUUUCAUGUUCUAUUUGUUUGUUUUUUUUUUUUUUUUUCUUCUCUGCAUUGUGUUUUCAGUCAAUGGACAUUUUGGGUACGGACGUUUUAUUUGAACUUGGUGUGAAGGGAAGAGCGGAUAAGAGGAGGUCAGGGGGUGAUGGACACACACACACACACACACACACACACACACACACACACACACACACACACACACACACACACACACACACACACACACACACACACACACACACACACACACACACACACACACACACACACACACACACACACACACACACACACGAGGCAUUGAAACUGACAAACCAACCAAGUAUAAAAACCUGCACCGCAGCACCAACACCUCCCUCUACUCUACAUAUUGUACAGUCUACACCACUGGAAAGUACAUCUACUCAAGUACAGUUGUAAUGUUCUCUACUUGAAUAUUUCCAUUUUGUGACGCUUCCUACUUCUACUCUUCUACAUUCAAGAGACAGACGCUCAACUUUUGACUCCACCACAUUAAUUCAGCUGCAGUAGUUUUUGGAUUAAGAGAUUGUAAAAAGCGUAUAAAAUCAUAAAAUGCGAGAAAACACAGAAAUGUUCCCUCUAAACGUCAACUUCCUUCAAAUAACUGUUUCAAAAUGGUUAAACUAUAUUUAAUAGUUGAUUAAUUCUGUUUUAUAGUAAAGGCGUCCAUCAUUCCCCCAGUUCAAUAUUGUCAUUUGUCACACUGACAUUAAAUACAGCAUUUUUGGGGGGUAUUUUGGACAAAAUAUUGGUUGAACAAAAUGUUCAAAUUAAUGACGUCUCCUUGAUCUUCAGGAAACUCCUACAGACAAACACUAAAGGAUUCAUGUAGAAAAUAAGCAGCAGAUGAAUCGAUGGUGGUAACGACCGUCAGCAGCAGCCCGAAAAAACAAUCUCCUCAGCAGCAACGACGGUAAAAUGGUGUUUACAGAUUCACGCAUCAGGGAGGGACGUACUUUUUUUUAACUUUCAAUAAAGUACAGUUUACUGAUAAUACCUCUUUUAGUUAAGGAUACAAACGAAGGUACGUAGGAUUUUGAAUGCAGGAGUAUCUAUAUCUAUAUUUUUGUUUUUACAUCGUUAUACACUGGAACAGCCUCAGGAAUCCGAGUGCUUCUUCCUGGUCACUGGUCUGUUCCACCUAAAAGGGAAAAGAAAAGCCAAAUGUGGAACAAGCUACAAGCGUCUGAACACUAAAUAUUCCCAUGACACUCUGCUGAGGCUCCCGACCACGGUACAAGUUAUAAAACAACCGUUGGAUGCGGCGUGUGGAGAAGCUUUCAAGCACUUCAUUAGAAACGUACAAAAGUUUCUAACACCCUUAUCUUCUAAAUGAUUUCAUAACCCACAAUAGUUGUAUUUGUCCUUAUUCCUCCGAUACAAUGACUCCAGUGUCAGAACACAAAGUGCAGCAGCGAUGACUGAAGAGUUUCAUCACCUUUUUAGACGCGGUGCUAUCAAGGUUGUUGACUGAGCCAACGCUUAUUAUAAUUUUUAAACGGAAUAAUUUCCGUUAAUGUUUUCUCAUUUUUGCUUUUGGUAUAUUUUUUUAGUUUUGCAUGCUAUGAUUUUGACCGUUAUAUUCAAAGACAUGGACAACAGACCCAUGCAUAAUCGAUAGUUUAGGCUUUGUAUAUCCAUCAUUGGUGGCGCAAAAAAGUUAGGCCAUCGCUAUUUUGUUCCCCUGGUAGUUAUUCAUAUUGUCUUAAGAACUGGUUCUGGCCUUAUGGUUUUUUCCAUGUGGGGAGAUAGUGUGAAAGUUGCUUUAUGAAAUAUUCAAAAUGAUGACGUGCUGCAGUUUGAUGUGCGAACUGAGGAUCGAGCGACGGGUCGUGUUACCAAUUGUCCCUAGAUCAGUUUUAAAUGAAGCAUUUGCACAAUAUAACUUUUUCUAAUUUGUGUGCUGACAUGAGUUGUUGCUAAAUGUCUGUAUAUGAUAACGUAUAUUCAUAAAGGUUCAGAGCGAUGUAAACCAAGGUAUCAGUGUGUACAGUGUCCAGCCUGAGCCCAGCAGUCACCUCACUGUGCACCAGUGGAGACGUGUUUCAGACGCGCGAACAAAGUUCUGUGUAAAAGUUGAGGGUUAAAUAAAACAUCUGGGUCAGAGGUCAGACGAGAGCGGCUCCGUGGUCUGAUUCAACAGAGCAGAACAGUGUUUUUCCAGGACGAGAUUAUUCAUUCACUGGUAUAGUUUGUUGUCACCAAGUGGUUUUUAUUGCCUCUGUUGAGGAAUACAUAUAAUAAACAUUGUAUUUGAGA